AUGAGUGUUUUAAAGGAAGUAAACAGGAACCUUGCCGCUCUUCCUGGUAAUUUUACUAACAUAUUGAUAAUUGGUGGAUCAUAUGCUGGAUUGUCAUUUAUUAAAAAUUUUAUCAGUCAGCUCACUGCGAGUCAAAAUGGGAAAAUUUUGCCGUUACAACCUAGAAGAAAGUUCUCUAUUACUAUGAUUGAGCCUAAGUCAGGGUUUUUAAAUGUUAUCGGUCUUCCUAGAGCAAUUGUAGAUACUGAUUUUGCUGCAACUCAAUAUAUUUCAUAUGAUAAACUAAACGGUAUUAAAUUCAAUAAUAUUUUCAAGAAUGAAAAAAAUAUCAGAACAUACGAAGCUGCUGAAAACAAAAAAAUUGGUUUUGAGUUGAAUCAUAUUCAGGGGACAGUUACAAAAAUGGGUUUAAACCGUAUUGAAUACGUAAUGAAUGAACGGCCUCAAGUAUCUUCUCUUGGAUUUGAUUUUGCAGUAUUGGCAUCAGGCAGACACAGGGGUCCUCCAGUAACCCCUAUGUCUUGUGAUAAACUCUCGUUCCUAAAUGAAAUGAAUGAAUUUAGAAAGAAUGUUGAACAGUAUGAUUCAAUAUCUGUUAUUGGUGCCGGUGCUGUUGGAAUUGAAGUUGCUUCUGACAUUAAGCAAUAUUAUCCUGAAAAAACAGUUAAUUUAAUUCACCCACACUCGCUGUUUCCUCCAGAGCCCCUUUCUGAUGAGUUCAAAAACUUGGUACAUAAAUCAUUGAAAGAUUCAGGUAUGAACAUCUUCCUUGAAACUAGGAUUGCCGAAGAGUUACCUAAUGGUAACUUGGUAUCAACUGACGGUAAGACUAUUGAAUCACAAUUUAAUUAUUGGAGCACUGGCAAAAAGAAUAAUAUUAACAUGCUAUCUAAGGAUAUAAAAGAUAAAUAUGUUUCAGAACAAGGCAAUAUGUUGGUAAACGAGUACUUGCAACUUUCCAAUUCGAAAGAGACCGUACAAAACAUUUUUUGUGUUGGAGAUAUUGUUGAUUUGCCAGUUAUAAAAACUGCAGGAUGGGCAAAUGGAAUGGGUGAAGUAUGUGCGGCUAAUGUUUUUAGACUAUUAUGCAAUGAGAAGGCGGAUAAGAUCAUACCUCAAGAAUACCUCUCCUUCAAGAGCAUGGUCCUUUUGACGGGAAAUGAGGAUCUUAUAAGUGAAGUUAAUGGCAAGGUUGAAAUAAACAACCCUUCUCUCGUAGAGGAGUACAAAGAUUAUUGUAUGAGCAAGGUUAGAAUAAAGUUAGAUCUAUAA